AUGCUCUUCCGUCAUAAGGUCCUGGAGCCGGGGUCCAUACUCACUGACAAGGACGAAAUUGGCAAGCACAUCGGCGAUGAUUUGGGCGAACGUUGGCACACCGACCCGCGCCAGUUCAUCUGGUUGCACAGCCCGAGGACCAACGAGCCUCGAAUUCGCGCUUACGUCUUGUUCAGAGCGCGAGAGACCCUCAUCGAGGCAAUGAGGAGCGAAGAGGGCAACACCGCCAUGCGCACGCAGCCGAUCAAGCCUUGCACGGUCAACAUGCUACUCGGCCGCAUCAAGGACCUUCAGAUGGCGGCCAAGAUAGAGGCGACCCUGUACAAGGAGAAGGAGCUGCACAUCAUGCAGGACAUCUCGGUCGUCCGCAUGGAAGUGCGCGUCAUGGUUCGCGGAAAGAACAAAGCCGGCACCAACGUACGCGAGAUCACGCUCGCCGACAUCUUUCUGUACCGCCUUGCUAGCGGGUCGUCGGUGAACCCUGACAACCGGCCAAUGGUCAUGGUCAUCGCGCAGCACAACUCGAAGACGUGCAAGGACGCCCGUCUUCAUCACAGCUACGCGGCGAGGCACUUAGAGGCGGAACUGUGUGCUGUGGGCGAUACAAUCCUCUGGCUGCACUUCAUCCACGACCAGGCGGAAGAGCUCGCACAAGGGCCUAAGGCGAACACGGCCGCGGUGCACUUCAUCCAGACCAUGCUGGAUGCACGCCGCAUUGCGGCCGAGGACCUCGCGGUUGACCUUCUGAACGAGACGCUGGCCCACGAGAGGCACAAAGCGACGCUCAAGCAGAUGAAGGUGGAGAAGGAGCUCGAGGAGGCGCGUGCUGCUAUCGCGGCGAGGGACGCUGAGAUCUCCCGGCUGAUGGAGGAGCUCAAGAUCUCCGAGGCACGUAGGGCGCCAGCGCCACAGGCGCCUUCUAGGCCGACGACCCUGGAAGAGAAGGCAGCUGCGGCCGCUAAGCAUGCUCACUUGGACGCCGACGCUCGCUACGAGGCCCUGGUUGUCGACCCAUGGAGAAAGGCCGAGACUGUGGCAGAGGCCUGGCGCUUCUGGAACUGCCCCACCACCACGGACCGCCGGCGUCUCUGCGACAGGAUCAACGAGCCAGGUUUCAUCGGGCGGCACAGCCUCCUGGGCAAGUCGUCGGCCAACGCAAAAUAG